AUGACGUCCGCCAUAAGCACCGAAACGUCUGGCCCGCCGUCUACACCCGACCAGUCGGAGCAUACGACGGAAAAUGCUAUCACGUCUACUAGCUCAGAAACUACGACAGUUACCGAAACGCCGACAUCUACGAGCACACAAGAUUCCAGUACGACCAACACGCCUACGAUGGAACCCAUCAACUCGAGUCCGAGCCCGGAAACGAUUACUACAACGGGCUAUGAAACACUUGCGAGCUCUUCUCCUAAUCCGGACCUGACAUCCACCACAACAUCGGCAGAAGAUUCGACAACCAUGCCAGAGAGGCCACCAUGUUAUGUGCUCUUUUACAUUGAUGCUUCAUUGGAGGCUGACGCCCUAGAUGUCUCAAUGAAAGAACAAGAAAAAGCUUUCGUCUUGGAAGUCAGUGAAAGCCUGUACGCACAUCCUGAGUUUGCACUCCAAGUCGCCCUGGCAGCAUAUGGAGCGGAUAACUACGGGACGCCAGAUCUCAACACUACCUAUGAUCGCCGCACGCAAUUAGCGUCGGCGCUCGAUGCAUGGUCGCUACUCGAUCCGAACUCCGAAGACAUCAAAAACGCAACUACUGGUCUUAAGGUAAUCGGAACUUGGGAACACUAUUUUUACGUUGUUUUGAUGUCCGCUAGCCCGGAAAGCGUCAUUAAAACGGCCAGCAAUUAUCAAUUUUAUCCAUGGACAAUUGGAGUCGGUUUAGCAGCACUGCUGCUAGUGGCUGUCCUCAGCGCUAAUGCUAAACAGUUCGAUGAUCUGAUGCAAUGCAAAGUCCUCUUCGUCGCCGAUCUUUCGGACAGAGCGCCGGCUUCCGAGGUCCCGACGAUUGUUUCUACCAUAAAUACCCUAAUCCACACUUCGUCAGCGAGUGGCGUUAAUGCCUCGUUUGCUCAUUGGCGCUAUAGUCGUGGAGGCGAUAUUGAUGGCCCAAUUCCGACCAAAUUCGUCUACUCGUUCCAGGAUUCCGAUUUGAAUUUUGGGUCACCUGGCGGGUCACUGGAUAUCAUAUAUGCAACAAAUGCUUUGUCAUACUCCGUACCGUAUGAUGUCGUGAUUGUACUCUUCACGGGCAGUGACCCGAGCAAAUUCGCAGCCGCCGGGCAAAAUUACGUAAAAAAGUGGUCGACUGUUGGUGUGACGGUUGGCGCCGACGCAAGUCCCUUCGCCGCCUUAUCAAUUCCUUACCUGCAACCGCUAGCUAUUUUUCAAGCGGCCAUUGAACUCUGUGAAGUUCAGCCGACGCCAGGGACCAUUGAACCGAGCACAUGGGCGCCGACAAUGCCGACGAUGGUGGCGGAAUCUACUACCACCGAAGGAUACACCGAGGCCACCGGAAGCCCUCCAUCCGCCGCCAGCACCGAGGAAUGGUCGACAAACACCUGGGCGGUGUCGACGAGCGAGCCCCACACACCUUUC